GCUCCCUCCCUUCUUUCCUAGCAGAGAAUCAGAAGCAGCCGGAACGGGGAACAGAGCACACUGCCACUCUGUGCAUCCAGCAGAUGGAUGAUUGACAUAAAAGAGAAAACCACUGCAUAUAGUGAUAGAAGCAGAAGAGUUUUCAACAUAGGGUAUUUGGCCUUUCUUCUAUCAGGAACAGAAAAGAUGCAACAAUGAAUGACGCCUACGUUAUCUUCAUAUCGACCCCCCUCUGCUGCAUAUAAAGAAUCAGGUUCUUAGAGCUGACUAUUGACCACUACAGAAAUCAUGAAGAAUUUCUAACAGGUAUCAGAGAAUUAAAGAGAAGAUAGAAAAUAAGAGCUGAGCCAAAACAAGGCUAAGUAAAAAAAACUUUGCUCAUUGGACAAUGGCUUCUCCCAGAAUCCUCUGGAGACUACAGUAAUACUGAAGAGUAAUGGAGUGUCUGCACGAGUUACAGCACCCCCUACUGGAUCGGUCAAUGGGGACAGGUAUGCUCACCCCUCUCCUCUCGAAAGAUGGUGGAGGUGAAGGAUUCAUCUGGAAAUGUCUACCACACCGCACACAACCAGGCGGAGAACUACCCCAACAGUUUCUGGAUCCUGGGAGCCUUCGAAGGACUGUGGAUUCUGGGGGUGGGCGGGUGUCAGAUGUCUCUUUUUGGAGGUCAACAGAUCCCCGGAUCUGGAGGGGGAAAGACUAUUCAGAGACUACAUUUGUAGACACUCAGGGGAGCCCAGAUAUCUGCAAGAAGUUAUUGUUCACCCCAGAAAAAGACAUUCAUACUGUGUCCUGUGAUGUGCAGGAUGAUGAUGUGCUGGAUAUGGAGAAUGAUUCCUCCAGUGACAGUGACACAGACAGUGAAAGUCACUUCUCUCUGCUCCUGCCCCAAGAUUAUCUAGGACUGGCUGUAUUCUCCAUGCUGUGCUGUUUCUGGCCCCUGGGCAUCGCUGCUUUCUUCCUGUCACAGAAGACCAACAAGGCCUCGGCUCAAGGUGACUACCACGGGGCAAGUGUGGCUUCCAGACAAACUUUUCUACUGGCUGUUCUGUCCAUCUUCCUUGGCAUUUGCACUUAUGUGGGUGCGGUGGUGGCCCUUAUUGCAUACUUGUCUAACAGAGCACCAACCUAAGAGGUGGAAGAACAUCGCAGACCUACAUAAGACUAAAGUGUACCUAACCUUCUCUAGGAACGAACCAGAGAUCCUAUACUGGUAGAACUGGAUACCCACUGGGACUUGUACACAGAUUCUUCCAUUGGAUGCACUUUAAUCAUUCAUGACCCAGCCAGAUCAUCCUUGCAUUAUUUAUCUCUUGUACUUUCUUCUUAUUCUGUCCUGUAUGGAAUCAAGUGCAAAUGUUUUGUUUCAUUCAUAAGAGCUGAUGAGCUGGAAAGUGGCCACCAAUAUAUGGGACUCUACAUAAUAAUUAGUUGGCUUUUUUUUUGCAAUGAUUAUGUCUUUGGGGUUGUCUUGUGUAGCAGGAUGGAGAUCACCGUGAGUUAGAGAAAAACAAGUGCUACGGUACACUUCCCCCGGCUCGUUGAUCAUAGGGUUCUCAGCACUAGGACCCCGACCAACCAAAAAAAGGAAUUUAUUUCAUAAAAAAAAAAUAAAAAAAAACCAGGGCUGCCAUUGCUCGUAGUAUAUAGUAUCUAGUAUUGCAGAUCAGUUCCUUUCACUUGAACAGGUAUGUGCAGCAAUACGAGACAUAGCCCUCAGACAAGAAGAUAAGAGUCACACUGUUUUUUUUUUUUUUUUUUUUCUUUCUUAUGGGGAAAAAAAAGACUCUUUUCUUCUAAUCCCGGACAGCCUCUAUCUUCAGAAAGAAAUACAGACGUGGAGAAAAUUGUUGGUCCUCUUUAGUUAAAGACAAAAUACCCACAAUGCUCCCUGAAAUAAUGUGAAACUAACAAAAGUAACGAUGAAUAAAAAUGACUGAAAAUUACCUGAUGAAGAUCAGACAUUGCUUUUGAUUUGUGGUUCAAGGGAAAUUUUUAAAACCAAAAUAAUAAACUGUCCUGGACAGAAAUAAUGGUUCCUAACCUGAAAGGGGUAAUCCACUGCCCCAGCGUCUAGAACAUUUAGUUAUGAACACUGGGUGCAGGCCACAGGGGUUGUGAUGUCACAGCCACGCCCCUUGUGAUGUCACAGCCACGCCCCUUGUGAUGUCACACCACGCCCCCCUCAAUGCAUGUCUAUGGGAGGGGGCGUGACUGAGGCAGUCUCUACGAUCCAGCAAUUUCUGUAACUCGCAAUGAGACUUCUGCACUUGUCUCCAGGUACCAACAAUUUUGUCCACAUCUGUAUAACUCGGUUGCAGCAACAUUCAGUAAAUUUGUCUAGAAAUGGGUAUAUGCUUUGUCCUAACAAGAUCUGGGCCAGUGAAUGGAGAUAUCGGGGGAGAUUUAUCAAAACCUGUCCAGAGGAAAAGUUUCACAGUUGCCCAUAACAACCAAUCAGAUCGCUUCUUUCAUUUUUAACAAGGCCUCUAUAAAAUUUAAGAAGCAAUCUGAUUGGUUGCUUUGGGCAAUUGGUCAACUUUUCCUUUGCACAGGUUUUGAUAAAUCUCCCCAAUCAUCUCCUUGUAUUGACUGAGACAUUGAAAUGCAACACAAUAUUUUACAAUAUAUUGGCUAAUCUUUUCGA